AUGAGCAGCUCUUUCGACCUCGCAUCAGCAGACUGUGAGCUGGACCAGCGUACCAUCAGACUCGUCAGGAACUCCAUCGAUCUACCCGCAACACGGUCAAGCACAUCGACAUGGGCUUACGAUGACGACGACGACGAGACAAACGCCGCCAUUCUACUGCAUCACGAGAUGGUCGCAUAUGUUUCCGCUAGUGCCAAGGAGCUCUUCGAUCGAGGUCUGCCUUACCGAGUCUUCCACGGCUCCACCAACACCACACGGCCUCGCGAUGCCACCCAGGGGCCUCCACUAGCCGUGCUCAACAUCUCCGGUCUCGACCGCAUCCUGAGAAUUGAUACCACCCGUCGCUGUGCCCUCGUCGAGCCCAAUGUUCCUAUGGACCGGCUCGUGGCCGCCAUCCAGCGUGCCAGCGGCGGCACGCUGGUGCCGCCGGUUGUCAUGGAAUUUCCCGGAAUCACCGCCGGUGGCGGAUUUGCUGGCACUGGAGGAGAAAGCUCGUCUUUCCGACAUGGCUUCUUUGACGAGACCGUUUCUCGCGUAGAAAUGGUACUGGCCGACGGUGCUGUCGUGGUAGCCGCAGAUGGCGGGGAUGCGGUCGAUGGGACCUCGCCAUCUACCAUGCACCACGAUCUGUUCCAUGCUGCGGCUGGCGCCGUGGGAAGCCUUGGCACCGUGACCCUAUUAGAGAUUCGGCUCGUUCAGGCCCGAAAAUGGGUGCGCACCACAUAUAUACGAACAUCAAGUGUGGCAGAGGCCGUGGCUACUGUGCGCAAAGCCGUGCAGAGGGGCCUUUCGGCGGACGAUAGCGACCCUCCCGACUUCGUCGACGGAAUCUUGUACAGUCCAACCCACGGUGCUAUCAUGAGGGGCGUGCUCACAGACGACAAGCCGGCCAACGUGCAGCCGCAGACGUUCAGCGAUCCCUGGGACCCGUGGUUCUACUUACAUGCAUACAAAAAAACGGCCUCGAGAGGAACAGAUCAAGCGCAGAACACUGCCACAGCCGUCGACUACAUCCCCUUGGCCGAAUACCUCUUCCGCUAUGACCGUGGCGGCUUCUGGGUCGGCCGAAUGUCGUUCCUCUACUUCUUCAUGGUUCCCUUCAACCGCCUGACACGCUGGCUGUUCGACGAUAUCCUGCACACUCGCAUGAUGUACCGCGCCAUGCACGCGGGCAGCGGUGCCCAUGCAUUUGUCUUGCAGGAUAUGGCCGUGCCCUUUGACCGAGCUGCCGACCUGGUUGGCUUUACUGCCGCCACCUUUGGCAUCUGGCCGCUGUGGCUAUGUCCGCUGCGGCGGCGACCUGGUCCGACCUUUCACCCGGCCAUGAUGGUGAGCUCUGCAGAUGAACGAGAAGCAGAAUACGGAGCGGGGACCCAUGCCAAUCUCCCAAAGUCUACCGAUAUUGCAGACACCCACAUGCUUAACAUCGGCCUCUGGGGUCCUGGCCCGCUGGCACGCAGCUUGUUUCGCGCUCGCAACAGGGCUCUGGAAGACAAGUUGACAGCCCUUGGUGGCCGCAAGUGGCUAUAUGCCAGCACGUACUUUGCUGAGGAUGAUUUUUGGAAUCUCUACGGUGGCCGCGCUUGGUACGACGUGCUGCGCACUCGCUACCGUGCCGCCGAGGCCCUGCCCUCCGUCUUCGACAAGGUGCGCGCCAAGGAUGAUGACGGCUGUGAUUUCUCGUCCAUUCCGUGGCGCGAGAAGCUUAAGUUCAUCUGGCCGCUUGGCGGUAUUCUAGGAAUCUGGCACAGCUUGCGGACUAAGGACUACCUGCUUCACAGGUACGCUGAGUGGCGGUAUAAGGCUGGGGAUGGCGAGUAG